UAUUGGUUAAUACCAUCCAGAAGGCCCUCCCAAGCAACGCUCCGUCUUUCUCGUGCUGCCAAGAAGGUUCGAGGCGGUUGUGACACACGCGCAGUCAAAAUGAUGGGCCGACCGGUACUCGUUCUGAGCCAGAAUAUGAAAAGGGAGUCUGGCAGAAAAGUCCAGACGGGGAACAUCAACGCAGCCAAGACCAUAGCUGAUGUGAUCAGGACAUGCCUUGGCCCCAGAGCUAUGAUGAAGAUGCUGCUGGAUCCCAUGGGCGGGAUUGUGAUGACCAACGAUGGCAAUGCUAUCCUGAGAGAGAUCCAGGUGCAGCACCCGGCAGCCAAGUCCAUGAUCGAGAUCAGCCGCACGCAGGACGAGGAGGUGGGGGACGGCACCACCUCCGUCAUCAUCCUGGCGGGUGAGAUGCUCUCUGUGGCCGAGCAGUUCCUGGAGCAGCAGAUGCACCCCACGGUGGUGAUCAGUGCCUACAGACAGGCCCUGGACGACAUGCUCAGCAUGCUCAAGGACAUGAGCACCCCGGUGGACACCAACGACAGGAAGAUGAUGCUGCAGAUCAUCAACUCGGCCAUCAACACCAAGGCGCUGAACCGCUGGGCAGACCUGGCCUGCAACAUCGCGCUGGACGCCGUGCGCACCGUGGAGCUGGAGGAGAACGGCCGCAAGGAGAUCGACAUCAAGAAGUACGCCAAGGUGGAGAAGAUUCCCGGCGGGUACAUCGAGGACUCGUGCGUGCUGAAGGGCGUGAUGGUGAACAAGGACGUGACGCAUCCGCGCAUGCGACGCCUUAUUAAGAACCCGCGCAUCGUGCUGCUGGACUGCUCCCUGGAGUACAAGAAGGGCGAGAGCCAGACGGAUAUUGAGAUCACGCGUGAGGAGGACUUCGCCCGCAUCCUGCAGAUGGAGGAAGAGUACAUCCAGCAGCUCUGUGAGGAGAUCAUCCGCCUGAAACCCGACCUGAUCUUCACCGAGAAGGGCAUCUCAGACCUGGCCCAGCACUACCUGGUGAAGGCCAACAUCACCGCCAUCCGCCGCGUCAGAAAGACCGACAACAACCGCAUCGCCAGGGCGUGCGGGGCGCGCAUCGCCAGCAGGACGGACGAGCUGCGGGAGGAGGACGUCGGGACCGGGGCGGGCCUGUUCGAGGUGAAGAAGAUCGGGGACGAGUACUUCACCUUCAUCACCGAGUGCAAGGACCCCAAAGCCUGCACCAUCCUCCUGAGGGGCGCCAGCAAGGAGAUCCUGGCGGAGGUGGAGCGUAACCUCCAGGACGCCAUGCAGGUGUGCCGCAACGUGCUGCUGGACCCCAGCCUCUUGCCCGGGGGCGGGGCCGUGGAGAUGGCCGUGUCCCACCGCCUGAUGGAGCGCUCCCGCGCCCUCACCGGGGUGGAGCAGUGGCCCUACCGCGCCGUGGCCCAGGCCUUGGAGGUCAUUCCCCGAACCCUCAUCCAGAACUGCGGGGCCAGCACCAUCCGCGUGCUCACCUCUCUCAGAGCGAAACACACCCAGGAGGGGAACGGGACGUGGGGGGUGAACGGGGAGACGGGGACCCUGGCGGACAUGACGGAGCUGGGCAUCUGUGAGCCGCUGGCCGUCAAGGCCCAGACUUACAAGACCGCAGUGGAGACGGCCAUUUUGCUGCUGCGCAUCGAUGACAUCGUGUCCGGGCACAAGAAGAAGGGCGAUAAGGGAGGAGAGGGAAUGACUGGAGGACAGGGUGCAGAGUAGAGCGAGGGAGACAGGGGGGGGGGGGGGUGAUGGAAAAGAACGGUAAAAACAGAAAGGUGAAAGGAGGUUGAAAGUCUCCUCCUGAAUUGCUUCCACCAUGCUAUCUGUGUAUCUAUGCCACUCCUCUGUUAAAAUGAAUGCAGGCAGAACACCGAGCUGAAGUUUUUUUUUCCCAAAAAAAUGUUAAUGCAAACCUGUCCACCUGACUUCUCUUAUGUUUACAGUCAGUUUGUAAAAGUAAAGGAGGUAUUUGUUUAAUGAUGUUGGGCAACCCUUAGUUUGUUUUUCUGGGCCCUUGUGUGUCUGUGUGAAUUUCUAAUGUUAGGCAAAGUUAGUCUGACAUCCACGCUGGGACCAAGGGCACGCGCUGGUCAGCACCAAGUAUCCUGGCCUCGGACACCGCCGGGAGGCUGCCUGUUCAAAUGCAUUUCACUUUGCGGGUUUCAUGGAGUGGGUAGCAACAGAAGUGCAGGGUGUGGUCUGUGCUCGAAGACGAAGUUGGCAUGGUGUCUUUGUCAUGUUUUCAACCCUGAAUGUGUGCUUUCAUCCACACUCAAUACUCUGUUUGGUCUGUAUUAAGGUUAUUUCUUCUGUUUCCAAUAGUAAUAAACGUGGAAUUUAAAAUUGUG